AUGUCCAAGGUUGUGAAGUUAUUCGUGGAAAACUCGCCUAAAUAUGCUAUGUGUAAGUUCCCGCUUUGCUGUAUUUACGCUGUGAAAGGCAUUUAUCGUUUUAGUGCAGAGAAGAUAAAGCCAGUCAGCACUAAGUUUAUGCAGUAUGCCCGUGUCGAAAUGCGACCCCCAAACAAGCAUGAAAUUACACUAGCUGUAAACGAAGGCAAGUCGCUUGUGGCCUACUUAAGGUCUGGUGCCAUUCUCCAGAAGAAGAUCAAGGAUGUUGCACUGGAUUCUGUCGUCGCGAUUGAAGUCCUUAUGUGGUUUUUCAUCGGCGAAAUAAUUGGACGAAGGAGUCUUAUAGGAUACAAACACGUCAAAGGAGCCUAUAUCGUCGCCCACUAA